GACACCCUCCUAAUACUUCGCGGGAACAUUUGGACCAACAACAUUGAUAGGGUUACUGUGUAGAUACAAGUGAAACGGUCAAAAUAACCUUAAAAUGGACCCUUCUGAAGUUGAAUUUCUUGCCGAGAAGGAGGUGGUGAAGAUUAUUCCCAAUUUUAGUCUCGACAAAAUAUACUUGAUUGGGGGCGAUCUUGGUCCUUUCAAUCCCGGGAUGCCGGUCGAGGUACCUGUGUGGCUGGCCCUGAAUCUAAAACAGAGGCAGAAGUGCAGAAUAGUGCAACCAGAGUGGAUGGAUGUUGACAAACUGGAAGAGAUAAGAGACUUGGAGAGGAAGGAAGAGACAUUCACGCCUGUCCCCAGUCCAUACUACAUGGAGCUGACCAAGCUGCUCCUCAACCAUGCGUCGGAUAACAUUCCCAAAGCAGAUGAGAUCCGCACGCUAGUGAAGGACAUCUGGGACACGCGCAUCGCCAAGCUCCGCCUCUCCGCUGACAGCUUCAUCAGCCAGCAGGAAGCACAUGCCAAGCUGGACAACCUGACUCUGAUGGAGAUUAACACAACUCGAUCCUUCUUGCUGAACUCUCUCAACUGCAUGUAUAAGCUGCGCUCCAACUUACAGCCGGGCUCCAGUAGAGGCAAAUCCCAGGACUACUGAUCAGUGUUUAUGGACUAGACCUGGACAACUCCCCUCCACAUGUAGACUUAAGCUCAUCUUUACUAAGGAUUUUCACCAGGUACAAUGUAAUACUGAUCAGUCUCCUUCUGAAAAAAACAGGUGCAAAUGUGUAAUAAGUGUGGUCCAAGUUAUUUGUUUCUAGUUGAAGCCUCCUCAGACCAGUUAUCCUCGUCAACAAGUCAUGGACUCCCUUGAGGAAACAGUUUUAUUAUCGUGGAUCUGUGAUUAUCAGAUGGUGUUAUGUAUGUUAUGGUUUAAAUAAAUGCUGUGUGGGUAAAAGAGUUGAUUGCCUUAAACUGGCCUUGAACUUUCAAACACAUCUCAUAACGCAGAAAGUGUUAUUAAAGGUUGAGUAAUUGAGGAGAGUAGUAACAUUGUGGUUCUUUUUGUAUUUGAUUUAAUGCGAUUAAAUUUUGUGGA